CUUAGCAGUGAGGCGGGUAAACCGUGAAACCUCGUGUGUUGCCAUUCGCAAAAGCUAAAGUUCCAUCAUCAAGGGUGAAGCUAUGGGGGACUCAGGGGAGAAGAGGAAGAGUCUCUGGCGCAGGGCACCAGAACAGCCUGGGCCUAAAUGCUUUUGUUCUCCGUCUCCCGAGAUGCUGCAGAAGAUGGAACUGCAUUUGAAGUACCCUACAUUUUCACAGAAGAAGAUGAACAAGUAUCUGGAUACUGAUACCAAGAGAGCUGCUCUGGCAGCAUCUCUUUCUGUGGUUGCUCUUAUGUCCUACACUG